AUGAAUAUAAUCUUCUUUAUGGCAUGGCUUGCCAUCGCCACUCAAGUAAUAUCAGCAGUAUACCGACCGCCGCUUCCCGAUAACUGGUCUCCAGAUGAGCACUGGCAACUGGGAGAACUGAACUGUGCCCAAGGAUUCCGAGAGUUUUCCUCAAGAACCCAAAAGGAAACAUACUAUGUUGGAGUGUAUGCUCCUGCUGGAGUGGAAACUGCCUAUCAAGAGUUCAAUCAGACAUUUGAAACUUAUUUGAACGAAGUUGUCGGCAAACGUUUCGAGCCUAACAUUCAAUUUAAGAUGAAGGCAUCCGAGAACCCUCUUCUGGAUUGGAUCGACAACGACGAAGAAAUUGAUUUCAUGUAUACUGAUCCAGGGGUCUUCUCGUGCAUGGGAAUCGAGAUUGGGGCUCAAGCACUUGCCACGACGAUCGCUAGAAUGUCAUCAAGAGGCUUGGAGUACAAUACAGAUGUGUUUGCUGGGUCAAUGAUUGCGUUGAAUAGCAACAAAAAAAUCAACACUGUCCUUGACCUGAAGGGGAAGGUCAUUGGGGCACAAGACUUUUCUGAUUUUGGCGGAGCACAGGCCCAGUUCUAUGUGAUGAAGCAACAUGGCGUCGAUUUCAUUGUGGACCCAAAAGAAGUCAUUUUUACAGGCAAUCACCAAGAUACAAUUCAAGGGGUUUUGGAUGGAAAAUGGGACGUUGGGUUCGUCCGCACAGGUGUUAUUGAGAGAACUAUUGAUCCAGCAACAGGAAAGAUCAUUGAUCCGCACAAGAUCAAGAUCAUUCAACCACAGAUCCACGUCAACGACGAUGGAUCAAUGUUCCCAUUCCUGCACUCCACCCCAGCUUUUCCAGAAUGGCCACUGUCUGCCAAGAGUUCAGUGGAUAGGAUUGUGGCAGAAGAAGUCGCUCUUGCGAUGAUCAACUUUUGGUAUCACGACCUCGUUGGAGAAGAGAUUCAUCAUUGCCAGGAAGAAGCCGAAACUGCGGAAGCAUUGCAAUUGUGCAAUACUAUGCCUCCCGUAUACUUUGAUUCUGCUGCUCGCUGCGAUACAACAAGAGAAUUAGCUGAACUCACUUAUCAAGCAGGAAGAGCUGGCCAUCACAGGGGAUUCCGGCCACCACGAUCUCACGCUUCUGUGCGCACUAUGCAACAAGAUGAGGGAUUCCUUCUUCAAAAUGAAUACGGUGAAUGGCAUUGUGAACGUGCCGACUCGCUUUAUGACGGAAUCCAUUGCCCUGUGGGAUUCUACAAGGUACCAAAGAAGACAUUCGAUCGACAGUGCGAACUAAGCGGAAGUCCAUGCCCAGAGGGAUACAAUUGCUACUGUAAACCAUGUGUUCAGGCUUCGGAUGUCGCCGUCUUUCCGUGGCACGAUGAUGGGUCGGGGGAUAACGAAUUUGACGUUACUCGUGACCUUGGCUGCUUUAAAAUGGAUAUCUGCGGUACUUUUGAACAAAGACGAGAAAUCAUGUAUCAUGUGUAUGACAACAGACACAGAGAGAACAGUAUAGUUGAGGCAAUUUUGCAUCUUGGUGACGAAGAGAGAUUAUUGCCAGUUCACCAGAUCGAACCAUACCUCUACGAGUUCAGCUUUAGCCACAAUACACGAGGUACUGCCAUAUUGGAGCUCUCCUUCGAUGGAGUCCAGAUCCCCGAGUCGCCAGUUCAGGUCGAGAUCAUCGCGAGAGAUUGUGAGAAAGAGUAUCCAGGUCAAGGACGAAUUCCGAAUGAAAUUGGAGUAUGCAAGUGCCAUGCUGAUGCACUUGCGGUCAAUGAUAGAUGCAUUGGCGGUGAUAUUGACGAAGUCAGCGUAUCACCCUUGAGUGACGAGUUCAAUCACACUGAAAUAGCAUUCGACUGGAUUCAGCAUGGGGGGUGCGAAAAAAUGUCUCUUUGUGGCGUAGUGGAACAAACAAAAGAAAUGAUCAUCCGAGCCGUAGAUAAUCGACACCGACCAAACGCAACAGUUGCGGCGAUCAUGCAUGUCGGGCAUGAAGCACGAUCACUUCCAGUCCGCACUAUAGCCCCAUAUCUGUAUGAGUUUUCUUUCUCUGACAUGAGACGAGGUGUUGCGAUCUUGGAGCUGUAUGUUGACGGUUUUCAAAUCCCCGAAUCGCCUCUGCGAAUCCAAGUAAUUGAAAAAGACUGCGACGAGGAGUUCCCCAAUCGAGGAAUGGCACCCGAUGAUGUUGGUGUAUGUAUAUGCGCCGAGGGUACAAUUCACAUUGCAGGUCAGUGCAUGGCAUCCGGUACAUUUGCGGCGAUUGUAGCUUCGGUAGCCCUCCUCGUGGUAUUUCAACUUGGGGGUUGCUACUUGAGUUAUAAAAGAAGAAAGAACGACGAGAUCUGGCAAGUGAACCAUGAAGAGUUAGACUUCGACCACCCUGUGCAAAUUGUCGGACAAGGAGCAUUUGGAGUAGUGAUCUUGGCUGACUAUCGUGGAACAAGAGUCGCCAUCAAACGAGUCCUUCCACUUGAAGUAAAGGCAAAAAUAGGAAAUUCCAAUAGCGCCGCCGCACGAAGCGAUUCCAAGGCGAGUGCGGAUAUUGAAUCUGGGGCCAACUCUGGUGCUACUCCAAAGAAGAAUUCAGGAAUCAAUGAUAACAAGAUUGAAGGUGAUUCAUCCUUUGAUAGUUUCGACAACGAUAACGACACUGGUGCACCGAAAACAACACUUGCGAGAUGGAUUCCAUCACUUGGGAGUAAUAGAACGUCGACCAACUUGACCAUUCUGAAUAUGUCCACUACUGGAGGUUCGACAACGAGAGCACUGGUUGCAAGGGUUCUCCCCUGGUGUGAUAAGAACCACCGUAGACAUGAAGAGUUUGUGAAGGAGAUGAGACUGCUUUCUCGGCUACGUCAUCCAUGUAUCACGACGGUUAUGGGUGCAGUGAUGAGCGGACGAGACCCAAUGAUGGUAAUGGAGUAUAUGGAAAAUGGUUCACUCUAUGAUUUGUUGCGAAACGACACUGCGUACACGGGUGGGGAAAUCAUCAUGCAGAUCGUCAAAGAUAUUGCUCAAGGAUUGAGAUUCUUGCACGCCUCGAAGCCACCAACUCUGCACCGGGAUCUCAAAGCAAAGAACAUUCUCAUUGAUUCUCGCUUUCGGGCCAAAGUAGCUGACUUUGGACUAGCGAUCAAGAGAUCUAACGGGCUGUCGGGAACACCGUUUUGGAUGGCUCCAGAGUACUUGAGUGGGAAUAAAAAGUACAGCAGUGCUUGUGAUGUCUACUCUUUCGGAAUGAUCAUCUAUGAGAUCUACAGUCGCAAGAUCCCAUACGAAGGAGCCAACCCUAGAAAAGUCUUGAGGAAAGUUUGCAAUCCAAGGAUUAACUACCGUCCACGUAUCCCGGUGACCUGCCCAAAGAGAAUGGCGGACAUUAUGAAGAAGUGCUGGAGCCCCAAUCCAUCGUUUCGCCCCGAAUCCAAGGACUUGGAUAUGAUGUUUAAUGACAUGAACUCAAACGACGCGGAGCCACUGAUUGACGAAGGGAAUACACGAUUGCGAACAGAGGUUGCCGCUGGAGAUAUGUUGUACAAGGUCUUCCCCAAGAAGGUCGCCGAUCAGCUCAAGGCUGGCCAAAAGGUCGAACCAGAAACUCACAGCAACGUGACAGUGUUUUUCAGUGACAUUGUUCGUUUCACAGACAUCUCACGAGCCAUGUCAGCAGUAAAAGUGUGCAACAUGUUGGAUCGUCUCUAUAUGGCAUUUGACAGCUUGGCCGACAAACACGAAGUCUUUAAAGUGGAAACCAUUGGCGAUGCAUGGGUAGGAGUCACAAACUUGGACGGAAACCAGAAUAGUACACAUGUGAAGCGAAUUGCUGAGUUUGCAAUCGAUGCAGUUGUUGCGGCCUCUCAAGUGCAGAUUGAUGAAGAUGAUCCAUCUGCCGGAUGUGUCCACAUUCGAGUUGGCUUCCACUCUGGAUCCGUUGUGAGUAAUGUGAUCGGAUCGUUGAAUCCAAGGUAUGGACUCUUCGGAGACACAAUGAAUACCGCCUCUCGAAUGGAGAGCUUGUCAGUGAGUGGCCAGAUUCAUUGUUCGGAGGUAUCUGCACGACUUUUGAAGGAGCAGGCACCAGACCUUCCCAUCCGCAAGCGUGGUAAGGUUGCAGUCAAGGGGAAAGGCAACAUGAUCACAUUUUGGAUAGGCGAACCCGCCAUGAGUCGGGAAAACGGACUGGAUGGAAGCAAUCAUAGUAAUAGGUCGCUGAAGUCCAUUGCGAAAGGAGGCUUUGAUGAUAAGCCUACCGUUCAAUUCGUCUCGCCGUCAGCCGAAAAAACGGUGCAAAAACGAAUCCGAGUCUCGAGAACAGGUAAAAAGAAAGGGGCGGCGGUGAAGGUUGAUAUGGACGGUUCACUCAGGUCGGCAUUGAAAGAUUCUUCGGAUUCCGUCCCAAUCAACUGGAUGAAUCAUCACGGGAAGAACAAGAAGAAGGGACUCCUCGCCAUGAAAUUUUCGACGAGCAACUCGUUGUCUCAAUAA